AUUUGGGUUGACUGAUGAUGCACAGAGCGGAUCAGCGACAGGACGGCUUUAUUAUUGAAACGUAACCGCGUUAAAAGAGUAAGUAACGCCACGAAAUUACCGCCAGGAUCGGUGAGACUCGAGUCUGCUGUGAGAGAGCAGAAUGCAGUUCGCUCCUCCUGUUAGCAGGAACAGGAUCAUAUCCACGUUUCCCAAGUGUUACAACCCACAAGCAUGUCUGCAGAUAAAGAAAGACUGGAGCCCUAAAGCUAAACUGGCUUUUAAAGACCGGGUCUCCAGGCAGCAGGGUCUGGACCGACUAAAGAUGUCGAAAGUUGUCGUGGUUGGAGACCUGAACGUAGGAAAGACCUGCUUAAUUAACAGGUUCUGUAAAGAUGCUUUCGAUCGCGACUACAAGGCCACCAUCGGGGUCGACUUUGAAAUCGAGAGGUUUGAACUGUCCGGGCUUCCGUUCUCCCUUCAGAUCUGGGACACCGCAGGCCAGGAGAAGUUUAAAUGCAUUGCUGCAGCGUAUUACCGAGGAGCUCAGGUGAUCGUCACGGUGUUCGACAUGACGGACAUUAAGACGCUGGAAAACACCAAGCAGUGGCUGGUGGACGCUCUGAGUGAAAAUGAGCCAAAUUCCUGCUUUAUUUUCUUGAUUGGAACCAAAAGAGAUCUGCUGUCUCCAGAGGAAUGUCAGAGGACCGAGAGAGAUGCGGUAAAAAUGGCAACGGAGAUGAACGCUGAGUUCUGGUCUGUUUCAUCCAAAACAGGAGAGAACGUGCAGCAGUUCUUUUUCCGUGUUGCUGCUCUAGCUUUCGAAGACUCCGUCCUGAAGGACACUGAGCUCGGCUACAGCACGGGACGCAUCGGAGACGGAGACGUUCUCAAAGUAGAUGAAACCCAAGCAGAUGCUGAGCAGGGAAAAUCGAGGAAGAGCUGCUGCUGAUCUGGUCGUAACAUUCUGCAUCGGAAAGGGAAGAAACAGCGCAGUCGAGUGAUCCUCACCAGCACCUGCUCUGAGUGAAAGGACUUUUACUAUUCGAGCUCCAUCACGGUGUUUAUACUCUCAGUAUUGUGCUGCUUUACCCACUGCCUUAUAGAUAUAAAGUAAAAACGUAGAUGGUUUGGAGCAGAGGAGUGUAAACCUGACUGCCUGUUUAACAGAACAGAAAUGUUAUUCAGUAUUUAAUUGUGAUCCAUCGCUGGAACCGAGCACCUGUGUGAAAGCUUGCAUAUUAAAAUCACAGUUAUUAACAUGAAUUUGCAUUAUUUUAUUAUUUUUACCAAUCCUUUUUUUACAACAUUAAAUAAAAUGCUGUUACUCUUUCAGUGUA